GGUUUUGGAGCUACAGCUGUAUUCCAUUCUUUGUAGCCAGGUCUCCUUAUUGGCAACAAAUGGUUGAUGCCAUUACCAUAUGCGGGGCGGGGUUCAAAGCCCCUAGUGAGAGUGAUUUGAGGGGACCCAUUUUGUCUCAAAUGGUGGAUGAUGUGAAAAAGGAUUUAGAUGAACAACGCCACAUAUGGAGCACUAAAGGUUGCACCAUCAUGACUGAUGGUUGGACGGAUAGGAGAAAUAGAACUCUCCUUAAUUUUCUUGUUUCUUCCGCAGGGGGCACCGUUUUCAUCAAGUCCAUUGAUGCCUCCGCCCAUUGCAAGAAUGCCACCUACCUAUGUGAGCAGAUAGAGGAGGUGAUUGAAGAUGUGGGUGAGGAGAACGUGGUACAGGUGGUGACCGACAAUGCAGCAAAUUAUGUUGCUGCGGGUAGACUAUUGAUGGAGAGGCACCCAUCUAUAGUUUGGACUCCAUGUGUUGCUCAUUGCAUUGACCUCAUGUUGGAGGAUAUUGGAAAAAUCCCAUGGGUCAAGAGAUGUGUAGAAAGGGCAAGAAAUGUCUGCAAAUUUGUAUAUAAUCAUUCAUGGGUGUUGGCUCUUAUGAGACAAUACACAGAGCAAAAGGAGUUGCAUCGUCCAGGAAUCACAAGAUUUGCCACAAACUUCCUCACAUUGCAGUCCAUGCUUAGGUCUAAACCUGCCUUGAGACGUAUGAUUGUUGGUGAGGAGUGGUCUUCCUCAUCCUAUGCUACCACCCCUGCAAGGAUAGAGAUGGCAGACUGCAUUUUUGAUGAGCAAGGCUUUUGGGUCCCUUGUGAUGAGAUAGUGAAGUUUGUUAAGCCCUUGGUGGUUUUGUUGCGAGUUGCGGAUGGAGAUAAGCCCGCAAUGGGCUAUAUAUAUGAGGGCAUGGAUAGGGCAAAGGAGGCCAUCAAUUCGUCUAUGGAGCAGAUGAGAGCAAAAAAGCCAAAAAAUCAGAAAAUACCAAAAAUAUUUCUGAGUCAGUAUGUCGAGUCGGUCGCUUCAUCAAGAUUGUCCGCAAUCCGACGUUUUCCAAUUCCAACGGAGGUUGAGUUUGCAGCUGUAUCUCAAGCAGCUGUCUGA